UGAAUACUACCGCCUGUGAUCAGUGCCUCAAUAAUUUCUAUACGGACUAUUCAUUCCGCAAACUUACGAUUUCAUUAAUAUAAAUAUAUAUUAGAGAGAAAACUUAUUUAUUGUUUGAUUUGCGUUUUAAACUAUCGUUUUUUUAUAAGACAUUUAAAACUGUUAGCCAAUAUACUUCAAUUAUAUUCAUUUAUAGGACUAUUGGAUAUUAAACUUAAAAACAAAAUUGUGUUGAUCAAAUCAAGCAUUGUAUCUAUUGUUCCGGUUAAGAUCUUCUUCGUUAGUUGAAGUCUUUUUAGUGUCAUAUUAGCGUUUGUUUUCUAUAUAGUUUUGAAAGUUUGCCACUAUUUAAGUCAAAGACAAAGUUGAGGAAACAAAAACAUUCAACGUGUAAGCAUAGGUGACGUUCUACAGAUAUUAGUUAUUUUAAAUCAUCACUAAGACCCUUUAAACAAGUGGAUGUUAUAUUUUGACUUGUUUUGGGGAAAGUGUUUGCAAAAGUUCCGGAUCUUAAAUGUUUAAGAAGAUCAAAUUACGUUGGUGUUUCAAGUGUGCUUGUUUUCUAAAAUUGUAUAGCAAAUCACGGUGUCAAUCUUUAGAAAAUUAUCGGAUAAUACAAGUAAAUCGAUAAUAUGAGCAUCUAACUGUCAUCAAUGUUACAUUCCUAGGUGUACUUUCACAGACGAUACACGGUGUUAUAAUUUCGACAAAAUCGGAUAACACAAGCGAUUCCAUCAUUUGAGCAUCGAACUGUCAUCAACGUUACAUAGCUAAUCGUUUUUGCUAUGCAAAUUAGACCACACAUGACUGGGAAACAAUAUCAACGACGUCAUUUCCGAAAUGUCUUUGCAAAUGCUACGCCACAUAUGUUGCAGAAUGAGCAAGCCGUUCACCGUAGUUAUCAUUUUAGCCUACCUUUGUUCGCUGGCGGUGGGAGUGAUCUUGGUUACCGAAGACCGUAACAGUGAUUCGAGCACGAGUACCAGCGUUGACCCAGAUAGUGCAGAUUGUGAAAAGGUGUUCCUUCUAAUCGCGACAGGAAGUGGAUCCUUUACAUACGAGUUUACCAGUGGGAAUACAAACAGUGCAUUUAGUAUAGAAACGGACACCAACUCUGGUGACGAAAAAAUCACAUGUGACACGGCACUUCUCAUUUCAAACUCCUUGACCUCAUACACUCUUGUUGUAACGUUAACAGAUACAAGCGAUUCAUCCACAACCGAAGAAACUCUCACUGUAGCUGUCACACUACCAACUCUGGGCAAGAGUUGUACCGACAAUACAGGCUGUACGGAAGCGUCCGGAGAAGUGUGUGAAACAGUAUGCAAGCUAGGUCAUGGUGCCGAUUGUGCUUCAAACACGGGGUCGUGUGUGUCACAUGCCAUCUGUUCCGGCACCACGUGCUCAUGUGACAGCGGUUACCUAGACGACGGCUCUAAACUAUGCAAGGCGGACCUUGACACAACAUGUAGUGCGGACGCCGACUGUGAUACGUCAACUAACGCCGGUGCCGUCUGUGAUACCAAUGCCAGUCCUAACGCAUGCAAGCUAGGCGUCGGAGCCGACUGCUCCGUCAAAGACAAGUGCGUCAUUAACGGUGCUUGUGAAAACAGCGCGUGUUCAUGUGUGAGCGACUUUACUGCACAGUCAAACCUGUGUACAGCUCAGUCAUCAUCAGGUGUUACGACAUUAACAUGCUACCAUUGCUCCCUGGGCACAAAUUGUGACAAAGAUGACGUCACCGGAAGUACGCAAAGCUCGACAUCAGGGUCCGACAACUGCGUGUACUGCUAUAUCGCCUGGAAUGACACACACGUAGUACGUGGGUGCUUAUCUUCAACGACAGCGGCAUCAUAUAACAUCAACAGGUCUGGAUGUGCCGAUGGUUGGAGCGAGGGCCUCUACGGAACCGGAUGUGCCUGCCAGACCGCCCUGUGUAACGAAACGCCGGAAAUGGCUGGAUACAGUAAUACGGCUACUCAAUUGAAUGAUUUCAUGACACAUCUGCUUCUGACAUUUGUUACGUUAUGUGUAUUUUGUUUUGGCAUAUGAGAAAAGAUGGCAAUUCAAAUGUUAUAUCUGUAUUAUCCAUAUGCCUUUUGAGUUGUAUGAUAAAGGGAUAUCAAUAUUGACAGUACGCAAAUGUUUCUAUUAAUUAUUCGUUGUACAGUACUUAUCAAAUAUACAUUUACAUGUUGUACUUUGUGUUUGUUUGUGAUGUGUAAUAUAACAUAUGUAUUGUGUAUUUAACCUUAUUUGCCAUGUAUCAUGGAAUGAGUGAAUAAACAUUGUUUGACUUGA